GCCUGGAAGUAACUAGCAGUUUCUUGUAAUUCUUUUCUUUUGCAGUAAUGAAGCAGUUUUUUGAUUUUUUGCAGAAUCAGACAGAGAAAUAGCUGGUGCUUUGGACCACUUGUGGCAAGAUGUUGAAGUUUCAUUCUAUAAGAAGUUCCCCAAUAUGACUGGACUAGCAGGGGGUGCACUGCUGUCUCCCACGGCCUCAGCCUCCCUGCACACAGCUGCCACCCCAGCCCGUCGACGUCACCGGACUACCUUCAGUCAAGAUCAGCUAGACCAACUGGAGACAGCGUUUGCCAAAAAUCAUUACCCUGAUAUUUACUGCCGCGAGGAACUGGCCAGGGCUACCAAACUCAAUGAAGCUCGCAUCCAGGUUUGGUUCCAGAAUCGGCGGGCAAAGCAAAGGAAGCAAGAGCGGGCCCUGCCCAAACCAGGCACAGCGGGUGUCCUCUCCGUCUGUCCCUUACCUGCACCCUCAUCGCGACCAUAUCAAUAUCCCCCCACCCUUGGGUCGCACCCUCACCUACCACGUUACCCUGCUUCCACUUACACCCUGCCACCUCCAGCUUCCUCUGCCACUGCCCAGUUCCCUUGUCCCAUCCCCCACCACCCUCAAGCCUCCCGCGCCCAUGAAGAUUGGUACACCCCACUGCGCUCUAUGGGCUCCCCGACGGUUGCACCGGCACCCUCCAUGAUCUCUCUGAGUCUUGAUCCCAGCACUCACUGGAACUGAGAAUUCAGUUGAAUACAACUCAGCCACCUGUAGGGUAUGUUAUUUGAGCAUAGAUGUACAGCGUUGGGGUUCAUUUACUCUACUGGUGAAUAAAAAAGCACCUCUACAGCCAGCCAGGAUAUCAGGCAGUCAGUGGUGCUGUGUGGGCUUGACUUGCCCAGUGCUGAAGAGUAACUACUUUGAGGCAAGGGCAUCUGAGGUAA